CGGAUACCUUAGCUUUUUCGCUUGACUGGCACAUCAUAUAUGUUAUGAGCUAUCAAAUCUAAUACAAGCAACCCAUCAUAUUUUUAAAAAAAAAUUAUUCAUCACAGCAACCACACCACAUUUAGCUUAUUAUCCGCCGACCGCCUUCACAACUAGGUACAAGACACAAUGCGGGAGGUCGGCACCGACCCACAGUUCACCGCUUACAGCAUUUGCGCGGAAUCCACCACCGCUGCUUAGGAAGCGCGAGCCACCACAGACGAAACGCUUGCAGCUGGCAAGUGGAGUAGCCGUACCUGAACGCUAUUACCAAUUUAUGCAUCGCCACACCACAGCAAUCAUUUGUUUACUUACUGUACAUGUCAACAGCCACCAGGCACGUUGGGCCCAGGCCUUAGAUAUACAGACAUCGAAUACAAACCAUCACCGAGACGAGCUUCGUUCAGCUAAACUCUUACUAUCCCAUUUUUGUAAACCCUCCCCAUCUGACAUCUGCACGACUCUCGCCACACUUUUCAAACGGUUGAAGAGAGGCGAUAUCUUACUUUCAAUCAUAUUUAUAUACAAAAUAUACUUUGUGAGCGCUCUUUGAGCGGCCGCUACACCGAUACGAACUCUCCUCGCCCGCGAACAGUGGAACGAUUGCGUUCUUCGCUUCGCUCGGUUAUCCGACAUACACUUUUUAGUCGUAAUUUUCUAGUUUUUGUUAGCAUCAGCAUGACAUAUAAAAGGGGCAUAUUUAUUUGGCACGUAAAGUCGUAUUAGAGUGAUAUUUUU